UGAGACUAGGAAAGGAACGCUAAUGUUGGAAAUUGUGUUGGAAAUAAACAAAACGGAUAAUGAAUUAAUCUAGAACAUCUAGAAGAAAAUAAUGCAAAUAUUAGUUAUCACUAAAACCUCUUCUACCUCAGUAUAAGUUCCCAAGUUGGUGUGUAAAAAUGCUGACCCUUUACAAAAACGAUGCAAGCCCGCCAGCUAGAGCGGUAAUGAUGGUAGCUGAUAUUCUUGGUGUUAAAUAUAUUUCGCAUACGAUUAAUCCUUUGCUCAGAGAACAGGAUACAGAAGAAAUGACAAAGAUUAAUCCAAUGAGAACAAUACCAUAUUUAAAGGAUGAUGGACUUUCUUUAGCCGAUAGCCAUGCUAUGAUGAUAUAUUUGUUUGAAAAAUAUGGGACAGAAAAACAUAGUCAACUGUAUCCAAAAGAUAAUAUCAAAGUGAGAGCAACUAUUAAUCAAAGAUUAUUCUUUGACUGUGGCAUCUUAUUCCCAAGAUUAAGGUCUGUUAUGGCCCUUACCUACUCAGGAAGGCUAACAGAACUAUCAAAGUCAAUGAUUCGAAACAUAGAAGAUGCCUACAGAGUGUUAGAGGCUUACCUCGCUGAGAACUUGUACAUGGCUGAUAAAGUAAUCACACUGGCCGAUAUAAGCAUAAUGACUACUAUGUCGACUCUAAGCGGUCUACAUCCAAUCAGCCAUGAAAGGUAUCCUAAACUUGUGAAAUGGUAUGAUAGUAUGUCACAACAAGAGUACUGCAAGCGCAUCAACGCACCAGGGGCUGCGGAUCAUGUAGCCGGUUUGAAAGCAUUUAUGGAGCACAAUAAAAAUAAUGUGAAAUCUAAAAUUUAAAUAUUUUGGAUUCUGUGAUCAUCAUUACCUCUUAACCUACUUGGUGAUAAGUAGGUAAGUUGUUAACUGCAUCAUGUACAAAUAUGCUCAUUGCUCAUUUUGAUUCAUAUUUCUUAUGCUGAUCAUAUUUAUAAAAAUGGGUGUUAAGAUUUUAUAAUGAAAUGUAA